CCCUCUCCCCGCCGCCCCCCUCUCCGCCCCUCUGCCCCGGGCCAGCCCCUCCGCCGGGUUGUGCUUUGCUCUCCCGCCUCGCUUUUUCUUCUUCUUUUUUUUUUCCACCGAGCUCAUGCCGCCUCUGCUGCGCGCCCUGCCCCUCGCGGCUUGGCGAUCGUGCCGAGGCUUGACCGGCUGCGUGCCCCGUCGGCCGGCGGGUGCCUGGAGCCGGGCGCUCUCCAGUCUGGCCGCCGAUGCGGCCGGGCGGCCGGCCCCGGUGGACCCGGCGCCUUCGGCCGGGUGCCCAGCGCCGGCGGCCCCCGGUCCAGGGGCCGACCUCCACUGGAACUUCGAGCCCCGGUCGCACCUCUGCGGUGACAUCUCCGAGGGCCUGGUCGGCCAGUCGGUCAGGCUGAAUGGCUGGCUGCAGAAUCCCCGGUCCAUGAGCGAGCAGCUGGUGUUCCGCACCCUGCGCGACCACUCGGGCGUGGCGCAGCUCGUGUGGGAGGCGCCGGCCGGCGGCCUGCCCGCGGUGGGGGACCUGCUGCGCUCUCUGCCGCUGGAGACCGUGGUCCAGUUGACCGGGACCGUGAUCAGCCGGCCGGACGCCUCCAAGCGCCAGCACGCCGGGGCCGGGGUGACCGACGGCCUGGUCGAGGUGGCCGUGCACACGAUCACCCCCCUGGGCCGGCCGGUGGCCAGCGGCCUGCCCUUUCCCAUUGGCACCGGCAAGGCGCCGGGGCCGGCGGCCGCGGUGCAGGAUGACCGCCUGAAAUUGCAGUACCGGUAUCUGGACCUCCGGGCGGCCGGGCUGCAGGGGAACCUGCGCCAGCGCCACCGGACCCUGCGAACGGCCCGCCGAAUCCUCGACGCGGCGGGCUUCGUGGAAAUCGAGACGCCCACUCUCUUCAAGGCCACGUCCGAGGGGGCGCGCGAGUUCCUGGUCCCGGCCCGGGCUCCUGGGCGCUUUUACGCCCUGCCCCAGAGCCCGCAGCAGUACAAGCAGCUUCUCAUGGUGGCCGGCUUUGACCGGUACUACCAGGUGGCCCGGUGCUGGCGCGAUGAGGACCUCCGCGCGGACCGGCAGCCGGAGUUCACCCAGCUGGACAUCGAGAUGUCGUACGCCACGCCGGCCAUCGUGAAGAAGACCGUGCACGAGGUCAUCAGCGCCAUCUGGGCCGAGGCAAAGGGCGUCACGCUGCCCGAGGAGUUCCCCGUUCUGUCCUUCGAUGACGCGAUUCGCAUGUACGGCAGCGACAAGCCCGACACCCGCUUCGACAUGAUUAUCCACGACUUGUCGACGGUCGCCCGCAAGAGGUCCUCCUUCGCCCCCUUCCGGCGGGUCUUCGACGAAGCCGCCGCCGGCCCCGGGGGUGCGGCCACGCUGGAGGCCUUUGUCGUGCCGGGCGCCCUGCCCCGGAUGUCGAAGUCUGCCUGGCGUGCCCUUUCCAAGGCCUCCCGCAAGGGUCACUUUGUGAUUGCGGCCGAAGUGACGGCCGACCGUGGGCUUGCCGCGGUCGGUGCCAGCACUGCCCUCUUUGACUUCCCUGACAAGCAGUCGACCGGCAUCCAGGCCGAGAUUCUCGGCCCCCUGGGCGCGGUCCCUGGCGACACCAUUGUUUUUGUGGCCAGCCCACCUCGUCUCCCCGGUGCCGCCAGCACCGAGGCCGGCCGUCAGCGGCUUGACGUCUUUCAGCGGCUCGCCCAGCUGGAUCCCGCCUGGGCCGAGCCCCUCUUGCAGCAGGAUCACUUCCUGUGGGUCGAGGACUUCCCCCUGUUCACGGUGGAGCAUGACGAGCAAACGGGCGAGUUUCGUCGCGAAUCGACGCACCACCCAUUCACCGCACCCCACGAGGAGGAUGUGGGCCUGCUCUUCUCGGCAGACCCGCGCGAUCAUGCGCGCAUUCGUGCCCAGCACUAUGACCUUGUGCUCAAUGGCUCGGAGCUGGGUGGCGGGAGCAUCCGCAUCCACCGGGCCGAUGUCCAGCAGCAUGUCUUCCGGCACAUCCUGAACCUCUCCGAAACACAAGUGGCCGAGUUUGACCACCUGGUCGAGGCCCUCGGGUAUGGAGCCCCCCCGCAUGGGGGAAUCGCCCUCGGGGUGGACCGCUUGGUGGCUUCGGUGGUCGGAGCGGCCAGCUUGCGCGAGGUGAUUGCCUUCCCGAAGUCCACCUCGGGCGCGGACUUGACUGUCGGCUCGCCGAGCGCCGUGCCGACAGCCGACAUUCGCCUGCAGGAGCUGCGGGCCGCCCUUGCAGCCGGCGCCGACGGCCACCGAUAGAGCCGAUCGGCCUGGCCGCCAUCCUUGGGAGAGGAGGAAGCGCGGCCCUCCCGAAGGGCCCCCCUCCGCCCUCCCGCGUCCCCCAUGCCCCUUCCCAGCAUGAAGCAAAAUAGACGCGCCCAGGGCAUGCUGUGUGGAGAUUUUCGAGGUACAUUUUU